AUGGUAUCGAAUAUUAAUAAAACCAGAUUACCAUUAGCAUUGAAACCGUCAAACAGCACCACGUUAUCAUCUUCAUUAGAUUCAGAUGAAACGUUACCACCAACAACACCAAAUACUGAUAUAAAUCCAACACCAUCUUCAGCUAUUCAAUCUUCAUCGUCUCCAACUAUUCAAUAUUCAUCAUCAUCAACUUUAUCCAAGCAAAACAAAUUGUGUUCCAUCACAACCAUCUCAACAGAACAACAAAUGAUAACGAAAAAGACUAAGUCCAAGUCCAAGGCAAUAAUUAUCAAAUCAAAUAAUGAUCAAGAAAGCACCGAUGAUUGUACUGAUAUAGAAGCAGAAUACGAUCUUGAAACUUGUAUUCAAGAAAGCGGUGGAACUGACCAAUUUUUACAAACACCGUGUUUAACUUUAUAUAAGAAAAAAAUCAGCAGUCAAAAUGUUGAAAACAUUGGUAGUCGUAUAGAUGAAUCAAUUUAUAAUCGAACAAAUGUAUCGGGUAAAGAAGAUGAUGUUGGAGAAGAAACAUCCCGUAAAAACGUUUCAACUGAUGGUCAUAAAAGACGUUCUAUCAAUUGGAAAGGCGGGUCAAAAAAUUGCGGUUUAUAUAUGCUAUAUGACAAAAAGCAAGAAGUACGUGAAUGUGCAACCAGUGUUCUUAGUUACGCACGUGAACAUGGAACUUUAUUAUCUGGGGUGCAAUUGAAGGCACUAUUUGACGUACAAAACGUCGAGAUGACGAAGGACAGAGCAUGUGCUGUUGUCCAGAUGAUUGCUGAUAGUGUCGAUAUAGUUUGCAAUCCUCAUUUCAUAUCACCCAUACAACAAAGACCAGUUUUUGAAUAUUAUGGAGAUGAUUAUGAGUUAAGUGAAGUUCAGCCGACCAAAACAAUACCAAUUCCAAAAAGAAUAAUGGUGAAAUGUGUUGAAAGAGAAAAUAAAAAGAAAAAAGGUGUUCACGUUAAUGGCAGUAAACAAAAAGAAAAAUUAUCUAUUGAAAUGAUGGAAGAUAAACAUUCGGAAGAGUUUAUUACUGCAGAUGAUAAUGAAGCAAUGGGAAUUAAUGAUAAAGACAACAAUAACUUUCAAGGUUAUGUUAAGAGAAAUACUAUUCUGACUGAUAGUAGUGUAUCUGGUGAAGAAUCGAUUGCUAAUGGUAGCAUUUCGCCACAAAACAAUCAUUUAAAACGAGUUGCCAUCGAUGAGAAUGACUAUAGUAGUAAUGAUGGUAUUGUCUCAAGAGUAAUUGAAGAACAAGUGAGAAAUGUCUUAAUUUUAGUUUGUUCUCCAAUUGCUGGUAAAACUGAUUCGAGUAUUACGAUUGAAACGAGAAAUCGAUCAGCAUCACCAUCGCGUCUGAAUACUGAUAAUUCGAUCAAAACUUCAUCUCCCAAACAACGACAAGUUAUAUCAUCACAACGAAAACAAAAAGUAGUCCGUACGAAAAAGGUUAUUGCUGAUAAUGUCAAGUCAAAAGAUUCUAAAAGACGCUCGUUCCGGUUGCGCUCGAAGACGAAACAAAAACAAACACAAUUAUCUGUUGUCUCACCAUCUAAACGGAAAGAAAAUGAUGAAGAUACAAGUACAGCAACAUCCAUAAUUUCACCAAAACGAAAAAAAAUGAAUAAUAAUGAAAAAUUUGAAACAAAAACCUAUAAAAUCUUAACAAACAAACUAGGAAAAAUUCCUAAAAUAUCAAAUAAAGUAUUAUCCACAAUCACAUCAGAAAAAAAUAAUUAG